AUGUCUCCAAACACGAUCUAUGACGCUCUCCAGUCUUUUUCUCCAAGGCUGACUGUGGCCAAAAGGAAAGAGGCUCUGGAUUUGAGAAAGACUAUGAAACCACUGAUGGAAAAACGAAGGCGCGCCCGCAUCAACGACAGCCUGAACCUCUUGAAGAAUCUCAUUCUUCCCCUCACAGGCAGAGACAAAACCCGCUACUCCAAGCUGGAGAAAGCCGACAUCCUGGAAAUGACCGUGAAGUUCCUCAGUGACAUUCCUCCUGUUAACGUCAAAGGUCCAGCAGACAGCUACAGAGACGGUUUCAAAGCCUGCCUCCAGCGCGUCCCCGCUCUGCUCCCCAAAACCAACCUGGAGCAAGAGGCGCGCCAGCGAGUCGAGGACUUCGUCCAGAAGUCCAUGUCUGCGAACAGCGCGCCGACCUGCCUGAAAUGCUGCACCCAUAACGCCAGGGCUUUCCCUCUGCUCCAUCAAAAACUCCUGACCCUGAAAACCUGCGUCAGCGCCAGCCUGGAGAGCCAAGCAGCGUCAGCAGCCAGCCGAGCGCAAUCAGGCCCGCAGCCAGUCCGCGUUGCUGUGUGGAGACCCUGGUAG